GGGGACUCAGAGCACUUUUCCCUAUUGAUGUGGUUGCAUUCGGGAUCGACCCUUAGCUCAUUUUUAUUUGCCUUGGUGAUGGAUGUAUUGACGUGAAAAAUUCAAGGUGAGGUGCCAUGGUCUAUGUUAUUUGUGGAUGACGUAGUUUUGAUUGACGAGACCUACAGAGGAGUUAAUGCUAAGUUGGAGGUUUGGAGACAGACCCUAAAGUCUAAAGAGUUUAGGUAGAGUAUGACCAAGACGAAACAUUUGGAGUGCAAGUUCAGUGAGGUGAUGCAUGGGGCUUGACAUGGUAAUGAAGAAUGAUUCUUGGGCCAUUCAAAAAAGAGAUAAUUUCAACUAUCUUGGGUUUAGGAUACAUGAAAAUAGAGAGAUUGACGAGGUUGUCGCUCAUCGUAUUGGUGCAGGGUGAAUGAAAUGGAGGCUCGCAUUUAGCGUAUUAUGUGAUAAGAAGGUGCCUUCUAAACUUAAAAACAAGUUUUAUAAAGUAGUGGUUAAACUAGCUAUAUUGUAUAGGGUGAAGUGUUGGUCAGUCAAAAAUUCUCACAUCCAAAAAAUGAAGGUGACAGAGAUGAGGAUGCUGGGAUGGAUGUGUGGGUUUAUUAAGAGAGAUGGAUUAGAAAUGAGGUUAUCCGAGACGAGGUGGGAGUGACUUCGGUGGAAGACAAGAAGCGGGAAGCGAGGUUGAGAUAGUUCAGACAUGCGAUGAGGAGGUGCGCGGAUGCCCUAGUGCGGAGGUGUGAGAGUUUGACUGUGAAUGAAUUCAGGAGAGGUAGAGGUAGACCGAAGAAAUAUUGGAGAGAGGUGAUUAGAUAUGACAUGGAACAGUUACAACACCUAGGACAUGACUCUAGAUAGGAAGUUGUGGAGGACGCAAAUUAUAGGGUCGGAGGUUAGUAGGAAGGAGUGUGUUCGAGGGUAUGCAUGCUGAUAGGUAGGAGUGCGUUGUUUUGUUAUCCGUGCUAGUAGUCGCAGUGUUAUGCUUGUUGUUUUUUUUUUUUGGGGGGGAGUUUUGGUGAGUUUGCGGUUUUGGUAGAUCGAUUGUAGUAUUAUUUUGUGGUAGUCUUGUUUUAGUUGCUAUAUGUUGUUUGUUUACUACCUAUUAUUUCUUGUUCUUAUAUUAUGACUUUUUCUAGACUAGUUUUAUCUUGAGACGGGAGUCUAUCAGAAACAACCUCUCUAUCUCACCUCUAAGGUGGUGGUACGAAUUGCGCACUCUACCCUCUCCAGACCCACUGCGUGGCAUGUUGUUGUUGUUGUUGAGAAUUAGCACUGUUGUAUUCUUCAGCAUUCCUUGAUGCUGGCCACCUCCAAAAAAUUAUAAGGUAGUAAGGUUAGACUAAUCUUUACAGAGAACCGAAGAAAUCUACCAGCUCAUCUACUUCCUCUAUACAGUUUCUGUUGCACCAAAAAAGCAAAGACACUAAACAGUUCCAUUUCACUUUGGAGAUUCUUUUCUAAUCCUCUCUCAUUCUGUCCUAGCAAUUUUGUUCCUCCUUUGUUCCUCCUUUUCUUGUUUUUUCUCUCUCUUUUAUAUUUUAAAUCUUUAUUCAUCUCAUUUUAGUGAUGUUUAAUUAGAAUUGUUGGGAAAAUGCCAGAAGGGAAUGCGAAACUUUUCUUUUUUCUGAAGAUAAGCAGCUUGCAUAUUGCAAAGUAGAAACUGCCAAGCACCAAGCUGUGGUGCUAAUAGGGUAAAAACCUACCUGCUUGCAUUGAGUCAAGGAAAUCUGACAUACCAUCAUAUUCUUUAUAAAUUAUACCAACAUGCCAAAAGCCAUAAACAAGUGAAGUUAAACUGUUGUACACUAAAUGACUUUCCUUUCAAAACACUGUUCAUUGAUUUCCUUCUGUGAGGAAAUCUCCCCAGGUUGCAAUUUUGAAAGUGUUUACUUUUAUUUAAUCCAAGUAGUGACCAACUGCUGGUUUUCUAUGUUUUAAACCUGCACAUCUCUUUACCUAUGAAUUCUUUUUCUUUGUCCAACUGAGAAAUCUUUCUAUGAGAAAAUUUUUGUUAGUGAGGAAGCUGAGUUCCCAUGUAAUGCUAUAUGGCCUCCAAGUGUUCCGAGGAAGGUAUGCUUUUUUACUUGGCUAGUCACUAGAGGGGUGAUUUUGAUAGCAGAAAAUCUUAGAAAGCGAAAGGUUGUAUGCGUUAUUUGGUGCCUCAUGUGCGAGGAGAUGGGUGAAGAUGUGAAUCACUUUCUUCUACGUUGCGGGCUUACCCCGAGAUUAUGAUGGGAUAUUUUUAGAUGGUUUCACACUUCUUUCGUAAUGCCAAGAACUGUGAAAUAUCUGACUCUUAUUUGGAAGAGUAUGAGAGGACGGAGAAAACAAACGGCCUGGACAUGGUUCCGAUUGCAUUAGUGUGGGUAGUUUUGGGGGGAGAGAAACAAGAGAGCGUUUGAAGGUCUAGAGUCGAGUUUCUUGCAGUUGAGGAGUAGUCUCCUCUCCCUUAUUUUCUUUCGGUGUAACCAAUAAGUUCCUUGUUGCUUAGAGGAUUGGAUGGAGUUUGUAGAGAAUCAUAUCUUGUAGUCUUGAUCUUUUGGUAUAACCUUUGUAUACGUCCGUCUUGGUCAUAUUUGUGAAUGAAAAUACUGUUACUUGAUCAAAGCAAAAAACUUAUGUUUUCUCCCGUGAUUUAGGAGUUCAGAUUUAUAUUUCUUUCGGGACUUUGGUUUAGCUUCUUUAUAUCGAUACAGAUGCCCUUAUUCUCUCCCUCACCUAUCAAAAAUAGCGGUGAUAUGAUGUUGAUAACACUACUGAAUCUGUAAUUAUCACUGCAAAAUGGAAAGGAUUUAUUUGUUUAUUUUUCUCAGAUAUGAAAGCUGAAUGCUUCUUUUCAUUGGUUUGUCAUUUCAUUUGGGCGCUUCUAACUGUCGUGAUUUUCUGUUAGUGAACCAGUUUCACCAAAGAAUCAGCAGCCAAAAAAGAGGAGAAGAAAAGAUCUGGCAAAAACCCAUGUUGGGGAUGAUGAUGGACAUAAUCCAAGUAAACCUGCCAAAGUCGGAAAAAAGGCUGUGAAACCAGUACCAGUUGUUAGUGAAACUUCUCAUCCAUCUCAUGGUGUUUCUUUGCAAAAUAUAUCCCAUGAAAAAUUCCCGAAUCAGUAGGGUGUUUCAGCAGUACCAAUAACAAAGAAAGCGGCAGAUACCCAAAAUAUGUUGGAUCCAUCUCCAUCAGCAGCAUGGCGUUGCAAUUCUGCACAAGAAAGAGACCUUGUCCAGAAGAAAAGUGGAGUUAUCCAAUCCAAGAAUCUAGGAGACAAAUCAAAACAUGGUUCUGAAAUAUCUGGGAUCUCAAUUCAGAGGCUACAUGAAAAAGUUCUCAUGCUCGAGAAAUCUAUUGUUGGAAACUCAGUAAACAUUUCUGACGGAACAGAACAAUCUGUUCAGCGCAGUGAUGAAAAGUUUAAUGUGAGUGGCUUUGAGGGCAAGAACUCAGCUCAGAUGAUGAAAGUUCCUGCCAUGCACAGAAAGGAAGGAUCUAGUGGUAGACCAAAAGGUACAAUGCUUGAGAAGGCCAUCAGGGAUUUGGAGAAGAUCGUUGCAGAAUCAAGGCCACCGAAUAUGGAGGUUCAGGAUGCUGAUAAUUCAUCUCAGGCUAUCAAAAGGAGGUUACCACCUGAAAUAAAGCAGAGGCUGGCUAAAGUUGCCAGAUUAGCGCAAGCUAGUCAUGGAAAAAUAUCCAAUGAGUUAAUAAAUCGUUUAAUGAGUAUUGUCGGCCACUUGAUACAGCUUCGCACAUUGAAGAGGAACUUGAAAAUCAUGGUCAGUAUGAGGCUGUCAGCAAAGCAAGAGAAAGACAACAGGGUUCAGCACAUAAAGAGGGAGGUUGCUGAGAUGAUUAAGUUGAGGAUUCCAUUGAUGAAAUCAAAGUUACUUGAACAACAAGCUGGAGCUUCUGAUGACUUCCAAGAAGCGAGUGCUGAAGAGAAAGAAGCCUUUAAGAGAAAAUACAGCAUGGAUUUUGCAAUAGAAGACAAAAUGUGUGACCUUUAUGAUCAUUUUAUUGAGGGCCUGGAUGAAGAUGCUGGUCCACAAAUCAGAAAGUUGUAUGCAGAGCUUGCAGGAUAUUGGCCAAAUAGAUUUAUGGACAACAAUGGUAUUGAACGUGCUAUAUGUAGAGCAAAAGAUAGGAGGAGAGCAGUGCAUGCACAGCGGAAGGACGGAGAGAAAAUUAGAAGGAACAAGUUAGUAGCCACAAAGUUAGAGGAUACUAGUAGAGCAGAUGCUGGACCUAUUGCUCAGUCAGUGCAUAGACAAGAAAAGAUUGUGGUUGAUCAUUCUUCAACUUCAACUAACAAGGCAGUAUCCAGUACCGCAUCUGUAAAUGUUUCUGCACGAAAUCCUGUUUCCCUAGCUAAUGGUUCUGAUGUGGAUCGUCUAAAGAUGGAGAAAUUAAAGGCAGUUUCUGGCAGCUCUGUUGAUCCAUGAGUAGAUGCAGUGCCAAAAAAGAAAAUUAAAAGGAAACAAGAGUAAGAAUCGGGUGACAGUCAGUUUCACAGUGAGAAGCUGACUUCCGCACAGGCAGAGAACAAAACCAAGAAGCAUACUGCUUGUCCUCCUCCGAAACCAAAUAAUGCUGCGCCUUCUAGCUUUGAACAGCUGACAUGAUGUAAGUUCUGCCUCUAGUGGCUUCACUGAUUGCCCCUUCUUUCUAGUUCUGUAAGUAUAUUGUUGUUUAACAUAGCGCAUUACCGAUAAGAAACCAGGUUUCUUGUUUUGAAUCUACAGCUGAAGGCACAUUUUGUUUCAUCAUGAAGGAAAAAAAGAAAAUUGUUUUC